CCGGAAGAAUGGUGUUUUGGGGGAAGCUUUGCCUGUUGAAUGAAAUGCUUGCAAGCUAAGUAAAAUAUAUUUCACAAUAUACAUAAUCUACCAUUUCGAGGAAUAUUUGGGUUUUCACAUGAAAAAAGCACUGAGAACCCGAUCAAUCUCACCACCCCUACAUGUGCACGUGAAUGAGACCACGCAUGUGCAUGUGAAGAAGAGUAGGAGCCCUGCCAGGACACCACAGGGUAAGACUAAGGGCGAUGGAGGGAACCUGCGACCUACUGCAAAGGUCAAGACACAAGUGCCGUGGAUACCGCCUGGGAAGGCCUCCAUACGGGAUGCCUCCUACAAAUGGGAGGGGCCUACUCAUCGUCUGGAGAUCACACCAUUACCUCAGUCUGAGAUCUCCCACUCUCUGCUGCGAUUUGCCGACCUCUCGUCAGAGGAGGAGGAAGUGCUGCAUGGACGAAUCAACCAGUACGAGAGGAAGAUUGACAGCCUGAUGACUGAGGUGGAGCUGCGAAGGAAGGAGCAGCUGCUGGAGCGGCAGUCUGAGAAACUUAGCGCCUCCCAGCAGGUCAUCGAGGAGCAGGAGGAGGAGCUGGCCGAGGUAUGCAAUGAGCUGGAGGUCACGGAGUGGGAGAACUCCCGCCUGCGCCACUCCAUGGAGAAGAUGCUGGACGAGAGCGACUGCACCAGCAGACUAGAGAGGUCUAUGGAGUCGAUGCAGCUGGAGAAGGACACUCUGCUCAGGAAGUUGAUGGAGGCUGAGAUAGACGGGACAGAGGCUGCAAUACAGGUGUCAGCCCUCAGAGAGACCGUCACUAAGAUGAGGAGUGUCAGCACCAGUAGGAUGUCUGGGACUGAGUCUUCCCUUCUGGCGCGUCAGAAGGAGCUGCUGCUCCAGAAAUUGGAGAAGUUUGAGGCCACCAACCGCACGCUGCGCCACCUACUGAGGGAACAGCAUGGACGUGAGCUGGAAUCCACGAGGAUGUCAGAACAGAAAGAUGUACUUCUGAAGAGGCUGACAGACUCAGAGGCAGAAAACUCGAAUAUUGUGGUGAAACUGCAAGAGAAAGAGAGGGAGGUGAAGCAACUGACUACGCUUCUGGACACAGAGAAGGAGAAUGCUAAGACCACAGGCGAACUGUCUAAAGUGCUGGAGUCUACUCGGGCACACUUACAGAGCCAGUUACGCAGCAAAGAGGCUGACAACAACCGCCUUGCUGUGCAAAUCAAGAACCUGGAGCGGGCGGCCAGUCAGCCAGAGAGGGGUCACCUGCUGGAGCAGUUGCGGGGUCUGAAACUUCAGGCUGAGGCCGACAAAGAGGACCUAAAGAGGGCCACACGGGCCCAGAAACACCGGGCUGAACGCAGCGAAGAUACUGCCGGGCAGCUUAGCACCCAGCUACUGGAUGUGGAGAAUCAGAUGGCAGAGGCCCUAUCAGCAGCAGAGAACUGGCGUGGUCGCCACGCCCAGGAAAUGAAGGACAAGACUCAGCUAGAGAUGGAGGUCUCAGUCCUCAACAGCCAAAUGUCAGACCUGACACAGCAGCUCCAUGGGAGAGAGGACAAGGGCCGGGCCGAGAGAGAGGGGCUCCUGGACCGCCUGCACAGUCUCACCACAGAGGGCACCCACGCCAGGCUACAGAACCAGAGGCUCAAGGCCAGGUUAUCUGCUGUGGCGGAGAAGCUGGCUCUGUCCCAGUCAGAGGUACAACAAGUCAAAGCCUCUGUGAAGCAAUACGAGAGCCUGGUAGACAGCUAUAAGACCCAGGUGGUGAAGACGCGGGCGAAGGAGGACGAGUAUUGUGCCAGGCUGGGACAAACGGAAUGCGAGGCGCGGGAGGUCCGGGACCAGAUGGAGAGGGAGUUGGAGGUGGUGCGUAGGGAGCUGCUGGGCCGGCUGACAGAGCUGGAGCCUCUUCCUGAGGCACUGCGGCGCACCGAGGUCCUACUGGAGGAAGCUCAGGACAGGGAACACGCCCAGGAGAGACACAGCACCGAGCUGACCACUGCCCUGUCCGACUUGCGCAUGAAGGUGGAGCAACAAGGCACCCAGGUGGAGCUGAUGAGAGUGAAGAACUCGGUGCUGUUGGAGGAGAACAAACAGCUGCAAAACCGUGUGGAGAGUCUGGAGAGGAAGUUGGAGGAGGCCACCAGUCAAAACAGGGACCUGGCGGGGGUGAUCGCCAAGCGGGAGGAGACCAUCCACAGCAACCAUCUCUGUCUGGAGGAGAAGUCCCGUGAGUGCACCCACCUGACCCGCCAGCUGGAGGAGGCUUUAGAAGACGCCCGACUACAGGUGUCCAACACCCGGGAGCGUGCGUCCACCAAAGAGCGCUCCACCCAGUCCAAGGUGGUGGACCUCGAGACACAGUUGAGCAGAACCGCCACAGAACUCACCACCCUACGCCGUAGCAAAGAGGAGGUGGAGCGGCGUUACCAGUCGCGUCUGCAGGAUGUGAAGGAUCGUCUGGAGCAGUCAGACAGCAUCAACAGGAGUCUGCAGAACUACGUCCAGUUCCUCAAAGCAUCCUAUGCCAACGUGUUCGGCGACUUAGUCCUCACCAGCUCUCUGCGGGCCCCCUCUCCCAUCUGAGGGGACCAUCCCCAAAGAUUCUCUCAGAACACACACACACAGACACACACACCUAUCCCAUCUGAGGAUACUCUCCCCAAACACACUUAUUUAUCCAGGUCCAUUUUCAGAGGGCUCUUUUCAUCUAUAUGAAAUAUGUGGAUUUUGAGUGUGUAUAUGUUACAGUUAUACAAUAUUAAUAUGGCUAUAAUAUAUCACUUUUUUCAAGAUAGGAAAGUGCUGUUUGCAGACAUUAAUAGUUUACACAGUCUUCACUUCAAGCUUGGAAAAGUACACCCAAACACACUUCAGUCCGGCUAAAACAAAAAAGGAAUCAUAUGUUCGGCUCAGGGACUUGGAAAUACCCAAAAAACACUCCUUACCCCAGGACGCUUUAACUAGUGACUAUCAGGGAGAAUACAGAAAAAAGAGCCUUCUGUUUCUGGGUAAAUCUGAUACAUUUAUUGACAGGACAAAAAAACAAUAGGCUUACGUUUAGGCAUGAAUCACCUUCAUCAGAGCCUGACUCCCGGAAAGUCACUAGUUAAAUAAUAUAUGCCAUUUAGCAGUAGCUUUUAUCCGAAGCAAUUUAUGCGUGCAUACAUUUUAUGUAUGGGUAGCUCCGGGAAUCAAAUCCACAACCCUGGCAUUGCUGACGCCAUGCUCUACCAACUGAAGUGUGCUGGGAUAAGGAAUGUUUUGGGGAUUUACUUCCUGCUUGUCUACAGUAAUUGUUAGUUGUCCUAUAGUUGUUGAUGUCCAACUAAGUCCAUUAUGUUUUCACCUCUACGGUUCAUGAUAUCUCAGCAAACUGUAUCAUUCUUUCCUGUACCUUACUGUACAACACUAUAUAGCUAGCCACCCACCUAACAAAUGUACUGUACCAAACCAUAGCUGUCUAGCUACCCUGUCGCAUAGUUGUCAUAUACAGCAUCCGUCUAUUUAUCAUCUUAUCAUGUUACUAUGCUAUUAGCCUGGUCCCAGAUCUUUUUGUGCUAUCAUGUCAACUCCUUGUCAUGUUUGGUGUGACGAGGAGCAGCAUGUUGACACAAAAAGAAUAAUACCCAGGCUAAUGAUUGGUGCUAUCUGCUAACCAAGUCCAUAUCAAUGAAACUAAUGAUUUAGUUUGGGUUGUUUUUACUGUUUAUUUGGGUCAGAAGGAGUUGAUGUGCUCUUGGCGAUAAUUGUAAUAGUUGUACUUCUACUCUAAUUAUGAAAUAGGAUAUAUAUAUUUUUUAUACUUUAAUACAAUUAUUUUAUAUACCUUGAAAGUGUUGAGUUACAAUAAAGCAAUUUAAAAGGUUAUCUUUUUCUGGUAAUA